AUGUCUUCCGCCAACAACCACCAAGAUACACAGGAAGAAAUACCUGACCACUUGCGGCUGGCAGCCCACUGGGCCAGCACCUCUAUUGAAACCGCGCAAUCCUCGCUUCUCUCCACAAUCGAGGACCGCAUCCAAACCACUACCGACCGCACCAAUCACCAACAAACCGUGCUAAAAUCCAUCGAAUCGCAAUACAAAGCGUACCAACAACUGCAACAAUCCGAAACACAAGCAUUAGCCAAGGACCUAGAAACAUCCUUCGAGCAGAUUGACCGCUUGGGUGCUUUGGUAGACGCUGUGGAGAAAAAUCUGGACCAGCUGGAGGUGGCCCUGGGGAAUGCCGAGAGUGCUGUGGGGUUGACUUUGGGUGGGAGGUUGGAGCAGCUCGCGACAAGGUUUUUCGGCACUGGCGGUGGUGCUACUGCAGGUGCUGCUGAGUCGAAUGCGGGCGUGCCGUAUUUAAGGCAGUGGGCGCCCAAAGAGCAGGGCAUUCCCAAGAUCAUCAGUACAACCGAGUAUCUCUCAAACAAGUGA